AUGGCUAGUACGCCCUCCCCUGCCUUUAGAGAAUUCCUUGCACCUUCCAGCCGACAUGGUGCGGACUUACCGACAAGUGGCGUCGGCGACAACCUGUGGUUCACGGACUCGUCGCUUCCUGACUUGAAUAGUCUCGAUCUCCUCAGCGACACCAAUAUGAACUGGAACACACUCCCAACUUUGUCUCGCACUCCGGUAUCGCUGGCGAGUCCUAAGUUUGACCUACAUGCGAUUAAUUCAGCUAUAAUGGAGGCUGCACCAACCUCUUUCCACAUCGGAGAAAGUCUCUUAAAUCUUGAGAACCCGGAACUGAGAUCCACAGAUUCCCCCAAACCAUAUUCCUUAAGAGAACAAGUUAUCCGUCGACAGUGGUUCACAUACCUAGAGUCAGAUAAUUCUCAGUCUUUGCACAGAGAUAAGGUGUCGGAGCAUACCCAAGUCGAUGCUAGGUUUCGAGAUGAUUUAUCUCAACGAUUACAAUUCCAGACUCCGUAUGAGCCGCUCCCUUCGACGGAUUUUCUGAACCUAUGUGUCCAGACGUACUUCAAUCGCUUCAAUCCUAUCUUCCCGAUUGUGCACGGCGCUACCUUCAAACCAUCCGCCACGAGCUCUUUACUCUUAUUGGCAAUGUGCGCCGUUGGAAGUUCAUUCCUGGCUUGCCCUCAAGCUACCCGGCAAGGUCGGAGCAUAUUUGAGCGGCUCAACAAGGCCAUCCUAGCCUCCUGGGAGACAGUGAUAUCGCGAGGAUUGUCGGAUGCUCUGUCUCUGAUUCAAGCUAGUUUGAUCGUGCAAACUUUCAGUAUGCUAUCAGGUACCCCUGCAAAUCUGCUAUUGGCACAGUCUUUUCAUGGGACCAUCAUCACUUUGGCAAGACGAAGUGGGGUAUUCCUUUCAGAGCGCUCUGAGACGUGCAAUAACGACGUUCACGACCAGGGUUUAGACAUAUCUUGGAGAAGAUGGGUUCAAGAGGAGGAGCAAGCAAGGGUAUCAGCUGCGCUUUUUAUCCACGACGCCGAACUCUCCCUUCUAUUCAAUACAGAACCUAGUAUGCGCCAUGUUGCAUCUAAACUUCCAUCAAUAUCUUCGAAUACUGAGUGGAUGGCUCCGACAGCAGAAGAAUGGAGGAAUGCCCAAAGGAAAUCGGGUGGUCUUCAUGGCGUAUCGGGGCGCGAGCAGGCUGAGGUCUCGAGGCAGAGCCACCUUCCAGUUACUGACAGAACCAGACCGGAUCGGACGUCGUUCCGAAUAUAUUGCGAGCUAGAAGGGAUUGCUGCUUCGAUAAAUACAGCAAAAGAGCUUGAUGCACUAUCCAGCACAACCUUCCAACUGGAGCAAUCGCUAUUGCAGUUCCAUAAGAGCUAUUUGAAGCAACCGAUUACAGUUGCUCGCGAUCCGUUCUGUCUCGGCAUAUUGUGGCAUUCUGCAUUCAUCUCUCUAUUUGCCGACCUGAACCGGCUUGAGAUGGCAGCUGGAAGAGACGGGCUCGAGCGAUCGCAGAUGCAUACAGCAUAUGCGAAGAGCUGGUCCCGGUCGCAAGAAGCAAGACGUUGUGCGUUGCAUGGGAUGAUGAUACUACAGAAAGCGGAAAGUAUGCCCAUUGGUGCUGAACCAGCAAUCCAUGUGCCACGUGCACUCUACUGUGCUGCGAUGGUAUGGUAUUGCUACACGGAAUUCGGGUGGGGUGAAGUGGAAGAUACACCAAGGCCCCUUGACGACGGCCCCGAAUUCGAAAUGCUUGGAAUUGAUGCCUCAAGCCUCCUCGUCGAAGCCCACGGUUUCAGGACUUCUCGACCUUCGAAAUUAGAAUCACUGACACUUGUCUCACUGAUUGACUUGCUCCGACGCAUGGGACACUCGGAAAUCUCUGAUCGGAUGGCGACACUAAUGAUAUCCAUUAUCCAUGGACAUCCAGAUGGGGAGUCUACUGUACCAGGUUGA